ACGAAUGCACAAAACAUGAAAUUCACAUUAAUUGUGAUUACCGUUAUACUUGUAUCAAAUGUAUCGGCUUGGAUGACUUCAGCCGAUGUUGAUUCUGGAAGUACAGACGACUCAUCUAUAUCGAAGGCAUCUGGAAGUAAAGACGGCUCCUCCAAAUUGAAGGCAGCUGACAGUAGAGACGACGGGAAACGAACAUCAUCUGUGAAUACAGUUGAUAAUGCAUCAAAAUCAUCUGCAAACAGAGAAACUAAAACACAAGGAAGCAAAGACGACAAAACAUACAUGUCAAAAGGUAAAGACGCCUCUUCACCGAAGACACCUGGAAGCAAAGAAGAGAAAACACAAAUGUCCGAUGGUAAGGACGCCUCUUCAGCGAUGACACCUGGAAGCAAAGAAGAGAAAACACAAAUGUCCGAUGGUAAAGACGCCUCUUCAGCGAAGACACCUGGAAGCAAAGAAGAGAAAACACACAUUUCCGAUGGUAAAGACGCCUCUUCAGCGAAGACACCUGGAAGCAAAGAAGAGAAAACACACAUGUCCGAUGGUAAAGACGCCUCUUCAGCGAACACACCUGGAAGCAAAGAAGAGAAAACACACAAGCCCGAUGGUAAAGACGCCUCUUCAGCGAAGACACAUGGAAGCAAAGAAGAGAAAACACACAUGUCCGAUGGUAAAGACACCUCGUCAGCGAAGAUACAUGGAAGCAAAGAAGAGAAAACACACAUGUCCGAUGGUAAAGACGCCUCUUCAGCGAAGACACCUGGAAGCAAAGAAGAGAAAACACACAUGUCCGGAGGUAAAGACACCUCUUCAGCGAAGACACCUGGAAGCAAAGAAGAGAAAACACACAUUUCCGGAGGUAAAGACACCUCUUCAGCGAAGACACCUGGAAGCAAAGAAGAGAAAACACACAUGUUCGGAGGUAAAGACACCUCUUCAGCGAAGACACCUGGAAGCAAGGAAGAGAAAACACACAUGUCCGAAGGUAAAGACACCUCUUCAGCGAAGACACAUGGAAGCAAAGAAGAGAAAACACACAUGUCCGGGGAUAAAGACACCUCUUCACCGAAAACACCAGGAAGCAAAGAAGAGAAAACACACAUGUCCGAAAGUAAAGACUUAUCUUCACCGAAGACACCUGGAAGCAAAGAAGAGAAAACACACAUGUCCGAAGGUAAAGACACCUCUUCAGCGAAGACACCUGGAAGCAAAGAAGAGAAAACACACAUGUCCGGUGGUAAAGACACCUCUUCAGCGAAGACACAUGGAAGCAAAGAAGAGAAAACACACAUGUCCGGAGGUAAAGACACCUCUUCAGCGAAGACACCUGGAAGCAAAGAAGAGAAAACACACAUGUCCGAAGGUAAAGACACCUCUUCAGCGAAGACACCUGGAAGCAAAGAAGAGAAAACACACAUGUCCGGAGGUAAAGACACCUCUUCAGCGAAGACACCUGGAAGCAAAGAAGAGAAAACACACAUGUCCGGAGGUAAAGACACCUCUUCAGCGAAGACACAUGGAAGCAAAGAAGAGAAAACACACAUGUCCGAAGGUAAAGACACCUCUUCAGCGAAGACACCUGGAAGCAAAGAAGAAAAAACACACAUGUCCGAAGGUAAAGACACCUCUUCAGCGAAGACACCUGGAAGCAAGGAAGAGAAAACACACAUGUCCGAUGGUAAAGACGCCUCUUCAGCGAAGACACAUGGAAGCAAAGAAGAGAAAACACACAUGUCCGAUGGUAAAGACGCCUCUUCAGCGAAGACACCUGGAAGCAAAGAAGAGAAAACACACAUGUCCGAUGGUAAAGACGCCUCUUCAGCGAAGACACCUGGAAGCAAAGAAGAGAAAACACACAUGUCCGAUGGUAAAGACGCCUCUUCAGCGAACACACCCGGAAGCAAAGAAAAGAAAACACACAUGUCCAAAAGUGAAGACACCUCUUCAGCGAAGACACCUGGAAGCAAAGAAGAGAAAACACACAUGUCCGGAGGUAAAGACACCUCUUCAGCGAAGACACAUGGAAGCAAAGAAGAGAAAACACACAUGUCCGGAGGUAAAGACACCUCUUCAGCAAAGACACCUGGAAGCAAAGAAGAAAAAACACACAUGUCCGAAGGUAAAGACGCCUCUUCAGCGAAGACACCUGGAAGCAAGGAAGAGAAAACACACAUGUCCGAUGGUAAAGACGCCUCUUCAGCGAAGACACAUGGAAGCAAAGAAGAGAAAACACACAUGUCCGAUGGUAAAGACGCCUCUUCAGCGAAGACACCUGGAAGCAAAGAAGAGAAAACACACAUGUCCGAUGGUAAAGACGCCUCUUCAGCGAAGACACCUGGAAGCAAAGAAGAGAAAACACACAUGUCCGAUGGUAAAGACGCCUCUUCAGCGAACACACCCGGAAGCAAAGAAAAGAAAACACACAUGUCCAAAAGUGAAGACACCUCUUCAGCGAAGACACCUGGAAGCAAAGAAGAGAAAACACACAUGUCCGAAGGUAAAGACACCUCUUCAGCGAAGACACCUGGAAGCAAAGAAGAGAAAACACACAUGUCCGAAGGUAAAGACACCUCUUCACCGAAGACACCUGGAAGUAAAGAAGAGAAAACACACAAGGCGUCCACAAGUAAAGAUCACACUUCGUUAAAGACAUCUGGAAAUGAAGGCGACAAGACACAAAAAUCAACUUUGAAAUGUGAGAAAGACGGGUUCAUAUAUCCGUCAGGACCGUUCACAGAUCCAUACGACCCUUGUAACAUCUGCGAUUGUUUCACUAACGGAAAAUACAUGUGUAAAAAGAAAAGAUGCGAAUCUUUAAGUUGUGGUACUGGCCUUCGAGUACCUUAUGACGGAUGUUGCAAGCAGUGUGCACCAAAAUGCAAAACAGAACAGUGUGAAAAGUUAACAUGUUCGGUCAAAAACCAAUUCUACAGGAAUGAUAGCUGUUGCCUUGAAUGUGGCUGCAAAUAUAAUGGAAAACUUGUCCCAGAAGGCACUGUGGGAAACCCUUGUGAAAAGUGCAAAUGUAAAAAUGGCGCUAUCAAAUGCAAAACUAAGUGCCCUCGGGAGAAACUUCAAUGUCUAGAUGCAGAGUUUGAUGAAAAUUGUAAACUAAGGUGUCCACAAGAGAAGACUUGCAAGAAAGGCAACGUCAUAAUAAAGUAUGGUGAAUUCAAAAAAGUUGGGAAGCAACUAUGCACGUGUGUAGGGCAAUGGUGUCCGUAUGCCUUCUGUGCAUCGACUAAAAUACCCAAGGACAUAAAAAAGCUACAGAAGACAAAAUGUGUGGCAAAGCCGAUCUUUAAAUAAAUUUCAUUCACUCAGUCUAGUGCGUUUGUUACCAGUGACCAUACAGAAAAGAUCUGGUGCUAAAGUUAAAGUAAUUUAAUGUUAUGAAUAUUUUGAAUAUAUUAUCAAUGAUGUACAUCUGAACUGAUUAACGCAAGAAAAUUGUCUCAUCAUCAA